AUGGGAAAGAGCAAGACUCCGGUUGCAGCGAGCGGAAAGGCCGCUGUGGCAUCCGAGAUCGACGACAUCUUUUCGUCCACCACCACUCCCAAGUCGAGCUCCAGCAAAGCGACGCGAUCCCAAGCUUCGACCAGCAAAGCAAUGAAACGGUCCAAAUCAUCCCAACCAAGCGAUAGGAUGGUAUCGCAGUCGAACUCAUCAUCAUGUGCGUCCGAGUUGAAAUCCAAGUCGAAGCGAAAACUCGAGUCCGAAUGCGGUCCAUCCAAGAAGCGUGCUGUGGAGGUGGUUACCGACACCUCGUCGUCCAUCCCUACCAGCACAGCUGCACCAGCACCGGUCAAGAUUCGAGCCAAGGUGUUGGCUGGCAAUGGCGCGUAUGAUGCAGCCAAGCAGUCGGAGCUGGACGACUUUGCCAACUCGCGCGGCGCGGGCGAGAGGAAGAGAACCGACGAUGGUCUGCGCAUCUUUUCCCCCGCCGAACUCGGCAUGAACGACAAGGGCGGCGAUACCGAACUGUGUCCAUUCGACUGUAAUUGCUACCGAGACAUUGCCCUGUUCAGUGUAGCCACACUGUACCACACUGGCUUCUGA